AUAAUCCAAGAGUUGUGGGGAUCUCCAAUCACGUGUCCACACAUCCUCGCUCCAUCGGUUGAGGGCUCGAAUAAGUCUGCAUUGUUUGCAUGAGAGUGGUAUAAAAUCACACGUCUCGUUACGUACCAGAGAUUUCAGUUCAGUUUCAACAGCCGAAAAAGUUUGGAUGAUUUAGGGGCGAAUACGCUUUGAGACCGGACGUUCCCCUUUGAGCGCGAGCCGCGUAAUCGUGAAGGUGCUAAUAUUGAGAUUCUCAGGGGGUGAAGAAGAGCAAAAUGGCAUCAUUCACAGGAACUCUGGACAAAUGCAAAGCCUGUGACAAGACUGUUUAUUUUGUUGAUCUCUUGUCUGCUGAUGGUGCUAUCUUCCAUAGGUCCUGCUUCAAAUGCAGCCACUGCAAAGGGACUCUUGUUAUGAGCAACUACUCUUCCAUGGAUGGAGUUCUCUACUGCAAGCCCCAUUUUGAGCAGCUCUUCAAGGAGUCUGGAAACUUCAGCAAGAAUUUCCAAACUGGAGCAAAGUCAGAGAGGGAAAAUUCACUGACAAGGACACCUAGCAAGCUCUCUGCCCUGUUCUCUGGUACCCAAGACAAAUGCCCUGCUUGCAACAAAACUGUCUACCCACUGGAAAAGGUGACUAUGGAGGGAGAAUCAUUCCACAGGUCAUGCUUCAAGUGUGCUCAUGGGGGCUGCCCCCUCACACACUCAUCCUAUGCUGCUCUAGAUGGCAUCCUAUACUGCAAGCAUCAUUUCCAGCAGCUCUUCAUGGAGAAAGGAAAUUACCAACAUGUCCUCAAGGCUGCCAACAACAAAAAGAAUGCUGUGGAGCCCACCGAGGCCGAAGCCGGGUCCGAUGGGCCCCAGCAGUCAAAAGAGAAUGAGGAGAAAGAAGACGACGACGAGGGGAAGGAGCCCGAACAACAACAAUCCUAAAAGAACUUUUUAUAACGACGAAUAUCUUGAAUUUAUUUUUUCUUUUCCUUUUAAAAUUACUAUAAACAGUUCUGAGUUUCGUAUAAUUUCUUUAGUUUCUUGAAAAUUUAUACUAUGUUAUUUCUUUUGCUGUAAUUUAGGGUGUUUAUGAAGUUGUAUACCUUAAUAAAAAUCGAAAGCUCUCUGUAUGUAUGAGCUUAGAGCUGUAAAAUGAUUUGAGUCUAAUCGAGUAUUUGUAUUUUAAUAUCUUGUAAUAUCCAAGUAGUAUAUGUACAUUUGAAAUUACGUUGUAUUUAAUUCAGUGUUAUGGAAUAA